AAUAACCCAGUUCGAGGUUGGUUUUUCUUCUCCUUCAAGUGCUAUCACAAACUCAACCGUUGCCAACGAGAGAGGAGAGAGAGAGAGAGAGAGAUUCUCUAUUUUUUUUUUUAGUACUCUGUCGCCUUGUUUACAACGGUCCGGGUCUUUGUUUACUUGUAGAGAGAGAGAGAUCAAUUCAUGGCGAUUUGUAGAGUAAGAUCAACGCUUUCCCUUUCUAAAUAUACUUCUGCAGUUAAAUCUAUUCCAUCUCGAUUAUCCUCAGAACGCAUAUUUUCAUCACAAGUCCCUUCCCAGUUCGAGAGAAUUGGAUUUAUAGGACUUGGAAAUAUGGGAUCCAGAAUGGCAAAUAAUCUAAUAAAGGCUGGAUACAAAGUAGCCGUGCAUGACAUAAAUUAUAAUGUCUUGAAGAAGUUCUCUGACAUUGGAGUUGACACAAAGGAAACUCCUUAUGAGAUUGCUGAGGCUAGUGAUGUUGUAAUUACAAUGCUACCUUCUUCAUCCCAUGUAAAUGAUGUUUACACAGGGCCUAAUGGUUUGCUUCAUGGUGGGAAUGUGUUGCAACCGUGGCUAUUAAUAGAUUCGUCAACAAUUGAUCCUCAAACAUCAAGGAAGCUUUCUCUCACUGUGUCUAAUUGCAUGUUAAAGGAGAAAAAGGGUCAUUGGGAGACUCCAGUAAUGUUGGAUGCUCCUGUAUCUGGAGGUGUUCUUGCUGCAGAAGCAGCUACACUUACUUUCAUGGUUGGAGGCUCCGAGGAAGCUUAUAUGGCAGCAAAAUCCUUAUUCCUUUCAAUGGGUAAGAAUACGGUUUACUGUGGUGGAGCGGGAAAUGGUUCGGCAGCAAAGAUCUGCAAUAAUUUGGCAAUGGCUAUUAGUAUGCUUGGAGUCUCAGAAGCCCUCACUCUUGGUCAGUCUAUAGGUAUUGCUGCCAGCACUCUAACAAAAGUAUUCAAUUCUUCGAGUGCUCGGUGUUGGAGUAGUGAUACUUAUAAUCCCGUUCCUGGUGUGAUGGAAGGAGUGCCCUCUUCGAGGAAUUACAACGGUGGCUUUGCGUCUAAGCUUAUGGCUAAAGAUCUAAACCUUGCUGCAACUUCAGCCAAUGAGAUUGGCCUUACAUGCCCAAUGACAUCCCAAGCACAGAAAAUAUAUACAGACGUUUGCCAAGAUGGUCAUGAAGGCAAGGACUUCUCCUGUGUUUUCCGGCAUUAUUACGCAGGAAAAGAUGAGAUUUAGUUUGCAGAAAUACUUUACGCUGGAAAAGAUGAGAUUUAGUUUGCAGAAAUACUCGUCAUAAGUUGCAGAAGAUGUCCUGUUGAGAAACUAGAGUUACUUAACGGGCAUCUUCUAUUAUUUUGGUUCAAAAGUUUGGCAUCAUCCAUGACCCGAAAAAUGUCUUUGGCUCUAGUGACCGCAGUAUACCUUUAUAAAUAAUAGAAUAACUGUAUCAACUUACAGCUUC